AUGAACCGUCCCACCUUGCUUACCACAAUAUGGCGACGAUCGCGUCACAUCUCUUCACGGCGUGCUUAUCAGCCUCUGCGGUCUGUCGAGGCCGCCUCCGCAUCAUCCCAAGCGCACGCAGACAUCCAAGCCUUUCAGAAGAAAGCGUUCAUACCCCGAAAGCCGUAUUUGUUUCGAGAAGACGGCGGCUCACCGACUUCUCGCCUGCCAGCCUUUAGUAAAUGGUUCAACAGAUCCGCUUCCUCACAUGACAGCCACUCAACAUUACCGUUCGCUUCAUCUCUGGUGCAGGGAUUCCAAGAAUGGCCUUUCCCGUACGAAUUGAUCAAAUCGCAAAGGGAGCAAGAUGCCUUCUCUCAAUUCCAGGCCGCACUAAUGACCAGCUCAGAAAUGACUGAUCAAAUCAUGGCAGGAAUUCUGCAAUCGGCCGUAACUGACGAGAAGGACCAGAGCUUCUUUCAACUCUAUGCGCCUUUGAGGCUUCUCAUCAAGGCCCUAGAGUUCAACGCGGCUCGGGACUCAACUACCACACACCCUUUGCAUUUGUAUAUUGCUCAAUCUUCUCUGUCUGAUUUGCCGCAGCCUCUUCAAGACGAUUUACCGGCUCCGGAAAUCGUACUUGGUGCCGGAAAAGGCGACAUUUAUGCUUCAUCUAUCUGGCUGGGUACAGAACCAACUUAUACGCCGCUGCAUAGAGAUCCAAAUCCGAACCUGUUUUGCCAGUUGUAUAGCCAGAAAGUUGUACGGCUGUUACCGCCAACUAAAGGUGAUGAAUUAUUCUUUCAUGUCCAGCGCCGAAUACGGCAACAUGGAAAUAGUCGCAUAAGGACAACUGAUAUGAUGCAAGGCCAUGAGAGAAAGGUGUUGCAUGACGCAGUCUGGGGAAAUGAAACACCACUCGAGGAACUGCACGAAGUUGAGCUCGGCGCUGGCGACGCGCUCUUCAUUCCGGAGGGUUGGUGGCAUUCUGUCAAGAGCGUGGGUUCUGAUGGAGGACUUAAUGGCUCUGUAAAUUGGUGGUUUAGAUAA